CACUGAAUAAAAACAAUUAAAAUCGUCUUUUUCGCAAUAAAUUCAAACAAAUAAUUGCAAUGGAGUAAUCGAGCAGACACUUGAACCGAUAAGCAAUCGAUAGAAAUCAUCUCGUUGGAGUAUUGUGAUUAAAUUCAAUGUAAAAAUUAGUGUUUAAAAUUAGUUGUGACAGCUUCUUCUAUCGCUCGCACUGUACAUCACAAAACAAUACACAGCCAGAUUUUUUUUUGUGUGUGCGAUUGAGACAAAAUAUCAUAUAAAGCGACCGAAAAAAGUCACAAAAUCCGAAAAAACCGCAGCUAAAGACAUCCACGGGCUAGAAAAAGAGGAAUCAAAGUUGGAUCGCGUUUGUAUAGAUCUACUAAACAAACAAAAAAACCACACGGAAAAGUAAAUAAAUGAAUUGAAAAUUUAGAAAAAAUGAUCAAAUAUUAACAAACAAAACGUACGGAAAGAGAAAAAAAAGUUUAAAGGAGUGAGAUCUAAAAUAAAAUAAAAAACAUUCAAUUAAGUGAUUAAUUAAAAAAAAUUAGAACCAAUUUAAGAGAGUUGAUUAAGAGAAUCAAACGGAACACAGUCGAAAGCUUAUCAUCGCGCGUUUGUCGGAACGACAACUUUUUUUUUUGGGAACAUUUUCGUAGACCGGCGUCAAAAUAAAAGCCGCAAAAAUUGGAAGAACCAAGAGCAUGACACAUAAUCUAGGGAUGGCUUCAUACCGAAUGCCAGGACCUGGAUUGUGUCAGCCAUCGGAUUUCAAGCCGCCGCCUCCCGAAGCGUCGCAAAUCACGGCAGCCCCGAGUAAUCCGAAGAAACGACGAAAAAAUGCAAAUACCGCAAAUCCACCGAUAACGUCGACGCCAACGCCUACGCCGCAAGAUCUUUUGCCGCCGCCACUCAGCGGAUUCGGCGAUACAAUUGUCGCAUCAAACCCCUUCGAUGAUGCGCCUUCGAUGAAUCCAUCGCCAAUGUCGCAUAUGGGCGGCAUGCAUCCCGGCAUGAAUCCUCAUAUGCAUCCACAUAUGGGAGGAGGCCCGAUGCGCGGUAUGAGUCCCAUGAACAUGGGAAUGAUGCCGCAUAUGGGAGCGCGAGGCGGAAUGUCACCCAUGAGCGGAAUGCCGCCCGGAGGAAUGUCUCCAAUGAACCCCAAUAUGUCGCCGAUGGGAGGUAUGUCGCCGUUAAGUGGACCAAAUCGAUCGAUGGGGAGUCCCAUGAGCGGAAAUCCAUUAGGAAGUCCAAUGAACGCGAUGGGAUCUCCGAUGAGCAAUAGCAUGGGUUCUCCGAUGCACGGUUGUGGAAUGAAUAACGGGCCAAUGUCGAUGCAUAGCCCCCUCGGAAAUGGCGGAAUGCCCCUGAAUCCGAAUCAAAUGCCAUCACACAUGCCAUCACAAAUGGGACCUGCGUCUCGAAUUAACAGUAUGCCUAAUGGACCAUCGCCAAUGCCGGGAAAUAAUCCCUCGAUGCCGCCCCAAAUGAUGGGAGCUGGCGGCCCAAAUAGCAACAACGGUCCUACAAAUCCAAUGAAUAGCAAUAUUAUCAAUAGUAACGCGUCAAUGGGCAGUAAUAGUAACCUUAUGCCGCCACAAAUGGGACCUGGAGCACUAAAUACGCCCAAUGACUCGAUGAAUAAUCAAAAUUUAGGUUUAACGCCGCAGCAAAUGCAACAACAGCAACAGCAGCAACAACAACAAACACCUCAGAAUCGAUUAGGUAUGCAUCCAAAUUCAAUGAUGGGCGGUAGUCCUAACAUGGGAGGCGGUCCAAUGCCUCCAAUGGGUAAUAAUGGACCCGGCGGAAUGCCAUCGCAUCCACAAAUGGGCAACAUGAUGGGAGGUCCAAUGAGUAUAGGACCGAAUAACGGACCAAAUGGCAUGGGACCAAACGGACCAAUGGGAAUGAAUCCAUACGGACCUCCGAAACCGAUGCCCGUGAGUGCCGGCAAAGUUUAUCCGCCCGAUCAACCGAUGGUUUUCAAUCCACAGAACCCGAAUGCGCCACCUAUUUACCCCUGUGGGGUAUGCCAUAAAGAAGUGCACGAUAACGACCAAGCGAUGUUGUGUGAAUCGGGAUGCAAUUUUUGGUUUCAUAGACCUUGUAGUGGUUUAACAGAGGCAGCUUAUCAACUAAUACACACAGAAGUUUAUGCCGAAUGGUGUUGUGACAAGUGCUUGGCUUCCAAAAACAUACCACUCGUUAAACUAAAACCAUAAUGCUACAUGUUCGACUUUUUAUCGAAAUCAACUCAUCAUCCACGUCAUUCUAAUCAACAUUGAAAAUUCUUACAAAAUGAGAUUAUCAACAAAAAUUAAGAAUGAUAUUUAGUUUUUAAGGCCGAUCGUUAUACAACUAUUUUAAAUGUACAAUACUGUUAAAAAAAAGUUUUAUUUUGUAAUAAAAGAAAAGUGAGAGAACGAGAGAGCGAGAAAUAGUUUCAUUAAUUAAUAAAAAAAAUUUAAUUAUUAUAAAAAUUGUAUUUUUGUGACUAUUUAAAAAAAAUUAAAAGAAAAUAAAUGCCUUUUCAGAGAGAAAAAAAUUUAAAUUUAAACAAAAAAAAGUAAUUAUAAAAAUAAUAUUUUAACAUGAAGAAGAAAAGAAAAAAUCCAACGGAAAUUAAUAUAAAUGUAAAUAAUAAAAAAUAACGAAUUAAUUAAUUUUUUGUUGUAUUUUUAAUGAAAAUGCCCUUUUUCUAUAUUUAAUUAAAUUAAAUUAAUUAAUUAUUUUUUUAAUUAAAAAAUAACAAAAAAGCAAAAAUUUUAGGCCUAUGUAUAAGUGAACUCCAUCAAAAUUUCGAAAUAGAGACUGCUAAAAUUAUUAUUUAAAUAAAAUUUAUUUUUAGUCAUUAAUUUUAUCAUUUUUUUUUUGGUUCAUUAAAUUAAUUAAUUGUUUUAGGUGAGUUUUAAAUUAAAUAUUUUCACCAU